GUUUCCGUAGUUGACCUUCCGCAAAGUAAUCACGUUGGUGACCUAGAAACAUGGCGGAAACAAAUUCACCGGGCGAAGCGGAGUUUGCUAAACGCAUAGACCCGAAGAAGGAUAACCUGACCAAAGAACAACUAGAUUUUAUGCGGAGAACAGAGCUGGUUCGGUGGCAAAAGAAUUUCAAGCAGCGGCGCGGAAGGAACGUGUUCACGGGUUUAACAAUCGGAGCCAUCGUCUUGGGCAUUUAUGGAUACACAUUUUAUUCAGUAUCUCAGGAACGAUUUUUGGAUGACUUGGAAGAAGAAGCAAAAGGUGUUCGAGCAAAAGAUGGUUUGAAGACAUCAGCAAACUGAAACUGAACAUUCAUAGAAUUUGUGUACAGCAUUUCUCUGUUGUUUUGUGAAUGAUCAAACUGACCAAAUACAUGGCUAACAAGUGAUUAAGAAAUUAAAUAUGGUGAAUCAAGAAUAAUUUUAUUUCCCCAAUGUGAUAGAGGCCUUUAUUUUCAGUUUGGCCAUUUAUUUGGCCUUGAUUUUGGAUUAUUUUUUUUGCAUAUGAUAAUCUUUUAGCUAAUAUAACUGAGCUGCACAUACAUUGAAGAAAUAGCUGCUGAUUGCUUUGAUGGACACUGUUUUGUUGGAUGACUGCUCUGAAAAUACUCAGUUUUCAUGUGCAUAUUAUACACAUGUGACAUUUAAAAUUGUAGUUAUAUUUAUGUAUAUCUGAUGUUGCUCAAUAUGACGUGCCUUUUUAAAUACAAAACUACAAAAGGUUGAAUAAAGAUUGGAGGUGACACAUUUUCAGAGAUCAGUCCUUUAAUAUUAAAAGGAAAUACUGGAAAUACUCAGCAAGUCAGGCAUAUUCAGAGAGAAAUGGAUUUAGCGAUUCAUGUCAAUUACUUUUAAAUCAGAACCUGAAAAAAAUGCAAUUUAAGAUGCAGAGAAAAGGGAAGUGGUGAAUGGGGUAUGGGGAGGAGAAACGACUAGCCUGAUAAUCAUUGUAACCCUUUCUCUACCCCACAGUUACAUUUCACUCUUUAUAGUUGCAUGUUCUUACAAUGGUGACUCAGCAAUAUUUUAUUUUUUACAAGUAUUACCUGGGAGGACUGGAUAUACCAGACUGCUGAGGAUGUUAUUUCUGAAACAGAAGGCAAACCUCAAGUUUAAACAUUUUAUGAAAACCAGCAGUGAUAUUAAGUCCAUACUAUUUCAUGUCACUAAUCCAUAGAAGUUUGCACUUGUUUAGUGUCACUUGUUUUUUCAGAUUUCCAAACUUUUUCUGAUUUCAAGAUAGUGGUACAAAAACUUGUUAUUAACAUUCACGCUUGUGUGGCUUUCCUAAAUUUGAAUUGUUAAAAUGAGCUUGAUUUAAAAUAAAGAUGUGGUUUGGCUUCAGAUCCGAAGAGAAACCAA